AUGGACGUGGCCUCUAAACAAACCGCGAAGCUCCUUCGUUCCUCCGCACUCCGCACUCACCCCCGUCUUGCUUCCGCCAUCCCAGCAACACAAACAACGGUCCGUCGAAGAAAUCUCUCAAGCGCACCGCGACGAAAUGCCCCUGAAUCAUCACUUCUCGGUCUAGCCUCUGCAGGCUCGCCUUCUGGGUCACCUCCCACGUAUUUCUCGAGCCGGCAGGCUUUGCCCAUGAACACGAUUGUUCGGUUCGUUCCGCAGCAGACGGCAUGGAUUGUUGAGCGCAUGGGCAAGUUCCACCGUAUUCUGGAGCCCGGUUUGGCGAUCCUAGUCCCAUUCUUGGAUCGGAUUGCGUACGUCAAGAGCUUGAAGGAGUCGGCGAUUGAGAUCCCAAGCCAGAAUGCGAUCACGGCGGAUAAUGUUACAUUGGAACUUGAUGGUGUGUUGUAUACAAGGGUUUUCGACGCUUACAAGGCGAGCUACGGAGUGGAAGACGCCGAAUACGCUAUUUCUCAACUUGCACAGACGACAAUGCGAUCGGAAAUCGGCCAGCUGACUCUGGACCAUGUCCUGAAGGAGCGUGCAAUGCUCAACACCAACAUCACACAGGCCAUCAACGAAGCUGCCCAGGCGUGGGGUGUUACCUGUUUGCGAUACGAGAUUCGAGACAUCCACGCGCCGGAUGGUGUCGUCGAGGCUAUGCAUCGCCAGGUGACGGCCGAGCGGUCAAAGCGAGCGGAGAUCCUUGACUCCGAGGGUCAACGGCAGAGUGCGAUCAACAUCGCCGAGGGUCGCAAGCAGUCCGUCAUCUUAGCUUCCGAGGCCGACAGAAUUGAGCGCGUCAACCGCGCCAAUGGUGAGGCAGCGGCGAUCCGGGCAAAGGCUGAGGCGACUGCGAAGGCGAUUGAAACCGUGGCUCAAGCUAUCGAGGCCGGACAGACGAGCGCGCAAGGCGCUAUGAGCCUUAACAUCGCCGAGAAGUACGUUGAGGCCUUUGGGAAGCUUGCUCAUCAGGGCACGGCUGUCGUUGUUCCCGGAAACAUGGGAGACCUCGGUGGGAUGAUCGCAAAUGCCAUGGCGGUCUACGGAAAAGUGAGCGGAACCCAGGCACGGAGCAUUGCGGCGAAGGCUCUGGGAGUGCAGGAUUCACAGACUGCUGAGAAGACAUCGGAGACCACGCCCGAAAACAAAGCGAGCGUCACUGAGGAUAUCCUUGAGGGGUUCGAGCAGACGCGUCGAGAAGAGAAGAACUAA